CACGUUAGCGAGAAGAAGCUCCGAAAUUGGAACGGAGAAAAUAAUGAGAGUGGGCCGAGUGGCGGAAAUCUCAAGAGAGACAUUAACAACUACUUUAUCGAUUUUAUUCUCUUCCUUCCCCGUUUCGCUUAACUGAACUUCACUUCGCUCUUUCUCUUUUCUCUAUAAUAAGUUGCUAUCGUCCAUUGUUUUUCUCUCCCAUUCCAAUUCCAUUCUCUGCAUAUCCCCCCCUCUCUCUCUCUCUUCCAUGGAGUCCUCCGCUGCCAUUCGAUCCUUUCACUAUCCCAUAGGCACUAUGUCCCAAAUGCGAUCCUCGCUUGAGAAGCCAACUGUAUUUCCCAGCCAUAAUGUCAGAUGGCACUCUAAAACUAGGCUUUUCAUCCAGUGCUUAACAAAUGAUGAGAAGCAUAUCAAUUCUCUCACCAAGGGGAAGAAAACACUAGUGUCAUGUGCAAAAACAUCCGAAGCUAUCAACACGACCAAGUCUGAUGAUUCUUUGGAUAGUACGCCACAAGACUCAUUGGAGAAAAAACCUUUGCAAACUGCUACUUUUCCUAAUGGAUUUGAGGCUUUGAUAUUAGAGGUUUGUGAUGAGACUGAAAUAGCUGAGCUGAAAGUAAAGGUUGGAGAGUUUGAGAUGCAUCUUAAGCGAAACAUUGGAGCAACAAAAGCUCCUUUGUCUAAUAUUUCUCCAACUACACCUCCACCUAUUCCAAGUAAACCUAUGGAUGAAUCAGCACCUGGUACCCCGCAACCGUCGCCACCAAAAUCAUCUCCGGCAAAGACCAACCCAUUUGCAAAUGUCUCCAUAGGGAAGUCUUCAAAGUUGGCAGCAUUGGAGGCUUCUGGCACCAAUACCUAUGUCUUAGUAUCAUCUCCUACGGUUGGCUUGUUCCGAAGAGGUAGAACAGUGAAAGGGAAGAAGCAACCUCCUAUCUGUAAAGAGGGUGAUGUAAUCAAAGAAGGUCAAGUCAUAGGGUAUUUGGAUCAGUUUGGCACUGGACUUCCUGUUAAGACGGAUGUGGCUGGAGAAGUGUUGAAGCUACUUGUUGAGGAUGGAGAGCCUGUUGGUUAUGGAGAUCCUCUUAUUGCUGUCUUGCCGUCAUUCCAUGACAUCAAAUGAGCUAGCCUUCUCCAUUUGUUGAUGCAACUAUGUGGCAUUUAUUUAUUGGGAGGCUAUUGGUAUAUUGGCAAAAAUUUUAAUAGAUUGAGAAAUAAUUAUUUGUCCCUACAUAUUGGGGAAAGGAGUUCCUUUUUCGAAGACCAUACUUUGUAUACCAAUUGCGCGUAAAUUGUUUCGUCUAGCUACUCCAAGUCCACCUUAUUGUGUACCUUAGUGAAUGAACGCAAACCAAAGGCUUUACAUACACUAUACACUAGGAACCAACUGAUCUUAGUUGCUGGAGUUUGAUUGCUUGCUUUUUAUUUUCGCAAAAAGAAUGUGUAGAAUUUGUUUGAGAUAUUUUACCCAGAUUAGAAGUGCAUU